UCUUCGUCGAUCUGUUUCACCAACAUGAGAGAAGUGUUCUAAACCCUGUCAACAGAAAACAAAAUCGUCCUUUGAAUUUCUUUAAAGUUUACAAUUAUAUAUUUCGAAAAUUCUCUUUGCAAUUCUCUGCAUACUCAUCUGCUAAGUAUCAAGGCAUUUUUGACAGCAUAGGCUAAAUUCUACUAAACUACUAAAGUUAAUUCUCAUUUUUGGUACACUGUAAACUACAUAUCUUAUUAUUUAAACAAAAUGAGCUUAUUUUGGAUUCCUGCAAGCUCAGUAGGAGAUGAAAUGCCAGACACGGUCGCGCAGUGUGUCUUGGAGGCUUAUAAUCGUCUUCCUGCACAUGGAAAACCUAUUAUAAGGGCUAAUGGAGUUCGUGAAUGGACAACAUUAGCUGGAGUUGUCCUUGAAGAUACGAAAGAAAAAAAAUUCACUUGUGUUGACUUAUCAACUGGUGUAAAAUGUACACCAAUUUCCAAAAUUGAACCAAAUCAAUUUGGAAGUGUCUUACAUGAUUGCCAUGCUGAGGUACUAGCUUUACGAUGCUUUAACCGGCUUCUAUUAGAACAUUGCAGAUCUUACAACGAUGAACCAAGUAAAGCAUGGCUUUUGGAAAAGAGAAAUGAGAAAAAGUUCUGUUUGAAACCAAAUUUAAAGCUCCAUCUAUAUGUUUCAGAAUGCCCAUGCGGUGAUGCAAGCAUGGAGCUAUUAGCAAACAGCUUAGAAAAUAGUGAACCUUGGAACAUGGCUUCACUAGCAGACCAACCCAUGCGUGGCCGAACUGACUUUGGCCAGUUGGGUAUAGUACGAACGAAACCUGGUCGCGCUGAUGCUCCCUUCAGUUGGAGCAAAAGCUGUUCAGACAAGAUUUCUUCUAAACAAUACCUUUCCAUUUUGAAUGCGCAAACAAGCUUGCUUAUUGAACCAAUAUACUUAUCGUCAUUAGUCCUUCCUGAAAGCGCAAUUGUUAAUACGUCGAUGAAAAGAGCAUUUGGUCCCUCAGGUCGAUGUAUGGGACUUUUGAAUCAAGUGUCUGGGAAUUACACGUUUCAACCGUUUCAGGUAUUAGCAACCAAAAAAAAAUUUUCAUUCUCGAAAUUAGUAGAUCCAGGUAUCCGUAUUGCUACCAGCACGAAUGUUCUAAUAUGGAUCGGGAAUCAGUUGAAUACAACUCAAGUUAUUCAUAAUGGUAUUCAAGCCGGUAAAAAGGCAAAAGAUACCGAUCGUUCGCAAACUAUAAUUUCCAGAAAGGCUAUGAUGCGCAUCUUGCAAGAUGUCCAGCAUCCUAGUUUAGAGAAAAAAAAUUAUGAGGAGUGGAAACGAACGAAUGCCGAUCGGCAGCGAGCAAAAGAAGUAGUUCGGGGUGUUUUGAAGUAUUGGACUUGCAACGGAGGGGAUAAUUUUGACUGGAGUGCAUAAGAGUUCAUUACAAAUAGACUAUACAGGAAAUAAGUGAAAUGUUCAGUAUAAUUUUUAUUCUUUGAAGCUCAUGAACAAUAGGGUAAAUUAAGGAUGAACGAGUACAAUCG